AUGCCUUUCAUCAGCGCAACCGCAGUCUUCCUCACGCUCGGCUUCCGUGCCCUAGCCGCUCCCGCCCCGGCCUCCGUCAUCCCGGAUGGCAUCAUCCCGGGCGAGUACAUCGUGUCCCUAAAACCGGGCCUCGCCCGCUCCCAAAUCGAAUCCCACCUCUCCCGCGCCGCCUCCGUGCACAACCGCCGCAGGCGCGACGCUCACACAAGCGGCAUCAGCAAGACCUUUUCCAUCGGCGCCUUCAACGCCUACGCGGGUUCCUUUGACGAGGCCACGCUCGCCGAGAUCCUCAGCGGCGACGUCGAGGGCGCCGUGGCUUCGGUCGAGCCGAACCGCCUCGUCGAGAUUGACGCCCUCGUCACGCAGGAUGCCGCGCCGUGGGGCCUAGCUAGCCUCUCGUCGCUGAAUCAAUUGUCAGGCUCGUCUGAUGGUCAGCCCUAUACCUACGAUGACUCUGCGGGCGAGGGCUCCUUUGCGUAUAUCCUCGACACGGGCGUGCAGGUGUACCACCCCGAUUUCGCGGGUCACGCUGUGAAGGGGUACACUUCGCAGCCCGACGAGGAGUUUGAUGACUUUGGCGGGCACGGCACGCACGUUGCUGGUACGAUUGGGUCGCAGACGUACGGAGUCGCGAAGAAGGCGACGGUUGUGGAUGUUAAAGUCCUUGCUGGGUUUGGCACCGGCAGCGUCGCAACGGUCCUCGACGGCUACAACUGGGCCGUCAACAACAUCACAGACACACCCGGUCGCCUCGCCAAGUCCGUCAUCAGCAUGAGUCUCGUAAGCACAACAGCCUCCGCCCUCGACGAGGCGGUCAACGCAGCCUACGACCUGGGUGUCCCGACCGUCGUAUCAGCCGGCAACCUGAACCAGGACGCCAGCCGGCGCUCGCCCGCGCGGGCGGCGCGCGCCUUCACGGUGGCGGCCGCGGAUUGGAACCGGACCCGGGCGUCCUUUUCCAAUUUUGGCAGCCUAGUCGAGGUGUUUGCGCCGGGCGUCGAGGUGCGCUCGCUCGGGCUCGACAACGGCACGACGGUGUACUCGGGUACCUCGCAGGCUGUCCCGCACGUCACGGGCCUAAUUGCGUACCUGAGGGGCAAAGAAGAGGGUUUGGCUACCCCGGACGAGGCGUUUGCGAGGGUGAGGGAGCUUGCUGUCGAGGGCGUGGUUCGGGAUCCUCAGGGUACUGCAAAUCUGCUUGCAUUCAACGGUGCUGUUUCCUGA